AAGAUUACGGACAUUCAGGAUUCUUGUUAUACACGAUGGCAGCCCAGUGAUCAAGCCCAUGACCUCGGUGAAAGCUGACUAACCCCAGUGCUGCUUGCACAGUUUGAAUGUGACCUAUAGAGCUUUCUGCUAUAUAUGCACAAGGUCAUGAGGCGCUCAAGAACUACAAAGCCUGGUCCCGUGCUGCCUUCCGUACACUGUCAUGCAUAUAUAAUCCUUGUCAUCUUCCUUAUUUAUUGACACUCUCCAGCAUAUCCCUCGAUUUACAGCUUGUGAAGAUGCUCAGGAUGGUCCCCUCGUCGCGCAGUUUAUAUCCUGUUUUUAUUUUGGCCCCUUUGCUUGCUUCGGCCCUCAAUGUCUCCAUUCCUCUCGCCGCACUUUCUACAGUUCCGGCAGUGGCACCAGAGCUCAUCUCCCUCUCCAUCGAACAAGAUAGAUGGGUAGACUGGGCUGGAACUUCUGCGCCAAAUGUGUUCUUCUAUAAUGCCCUCGAUAACAUGGUACAAAUCACUGGAGAACCCCCCUGGAUCAGAAUCGGAGCUGACUCCGAAGAUCACACUAUCUUUAGUCCUGGAGUCGAGUACGAAGAAGAUAUAUUUCCGCCAUCGACCGCCAUUACCCCGUACCCGGAGGCGACCAACAUCAGCGCCGGAUACGCCUUCUAUGAAAUAAUUUCUCAUCUUCCUGCUGGGACACACGUACAUUGGGGUGUGAAUUUAGGCCAAUAUAAUAUUACAGCGGCAUAUCUAGAAACAAAGGCCAUGAUCGAGGCAUUCAAUACUCCAGCCGUGAAGCAGGCGGGUAUCACUCUGGAUUUCAUCGAAGUUGGCAACGAGGCAGAUCUGUACAUCAGCAACGGUGCAAGAAAUAGUAGUUGGGAUCCUACAGAAUAUAUUUCACAGUGGUCCACUUUUGCUGCAAAUGUUUCCGAUGCAGCAGGCCUUUCACCUACAUCCUACACAAAAUUCAUUGGCGGAGCGUUUGCUGGAUCUUCUCACAACGUCACUUGGUUUUCCCCGCAAGCCAUUUUCUUCGGCGGUAUCUUAAAUUCGGAACCAGGCUCCCUCAUUAGGACGAUUUCACAGCAUGACUACAGCGGUUCAUUCUGUACUGGUAGUGGCGCGGUCUUACAACAACUUAUGACCAAAAGCUACAUCCGUGGCAAUAUCUCUGUCUUCAUUCCCGAUAUCAGUGCGACCCAUGCCCAAGGUUUAGACUAUAUCAUUGGGGAGGGGAACAGUAUGUCAUGCCACGGUGCCCCUGGUGUCAGCAACACUGCUGGGGCAGCUCUUUGGGUAUUGGACUAUUCAUUUUUUGCUUCGCAGGUUGGAAUUAGCCGGUUGCACUUCCAUGAGGGCAUCGGAUACAAGUAUAACUUCAUCCAACCAGUUACUCUGAACUAUUCGAUACUUGAUGGAUCGCCUAUCACGCCUCUUCCACCUCAUAUUCAACCUCCAUACUAUGCUGCUAUCAUUGCCGCCGAGGCUAUUGGCUCUUCCGGAGACACAAAAGCAAUUGAAAUUGCAGUUAACAAUGCAAACAUCACGGGCUAUGCAUUCUAUGAGAAUGGUGCUCUUUCACGCGCUCUUUUCAUCAAUCUUUUGGCGUAUCUUCCCGGAGAUUCUGUCCGCACCUCGACGCACCUCGACCUGAACCUUGGUGGGUACGGGGUGUCUCCAGAGACAAUGUCUUUGAAAAGACUGGAGAUUGGCUACGCGAACGACACAUCGGGCUUGACCUGGGGAGGACAAACAUAUGAAACCAGUGAUGCCAGAGUCAGUGGUCAAGAAGUUCUACAGUACAUACCUGUCAGUGCUGGAAUCGAUAUACAAGAGACAGAAGUUGUACUAGUCCAAUUCUUGUAGUAAAGUAUUGUUCAUUCUCUUUUCUCAGAAAUUGCUCGUAUCUCUACCUUUUGUUAUUCACGGGGGCUUCUCAAACUGUCUGGAUACUCAUAACGUAGAUGUCUUGCGAAACCAAUGAAUCGAACCUCAGGCAGCACUUUGAGGAGGCAUGGUCACCAGAAAUCACUCAUGUGACGUUGGCUGUGUAGGAAAGAUCCAACAUUAUUUUAUUAGAACAGUAUUCCUGCUAUUCAAGAGUUCACAGUA